AUUUUCAGCUUGAAUUUAUUUGUAUAUAUUUUACAGUUAGAAAUAUGCAAAUGACCACCAUAGACAAAACUAAACUUGAGAAGGAGGAUGUCAGCUGGUUUGACAAAGAUAUUGAUGAUUUAGAAAUAGGGGAGCCAGUAUCUGAAGAACCUCAGGACAUCGACCAGAAUCAAGUACAAAGAUAUCAAAGACCAAAGAGAGAAAGUUCCUCAGGAGCAAUAAGAUUUCCAAUAGAUUUAUGGGUAGCUUUAUCAUGUCAAAUAGCACCAGAGCAGAUUUUGACGUUUGCUCAGAUCUGUAGGGCAUCAAAUGCUGUAUUGCAUACAGUACAGUUCUGGAAACAUUUAUAUAAUAGAUUUUACCAUGAGAAAAGUGAACUCCCAGAAUGUCUAAGAAUAGAGAAUCUAGAGAGAAUAAAUGGACUUCGACAGAGAGUUAUUAGAUCAUUGUAUUACAUUUAUCCUCCUUUUGUAGCAAAGAUCAAACGGACAAUGCCAUUCGAGGAUGAACCACAUUUUUUUGUCGGCCAAAGAUGCAUAUUUACUUGGCAUGAAAAAGUGAAAAAUGUGUAUAAGUUUAAUUUCAAAUUCAAAAAGGAAAGAAUAUAUGAAAUUAACAAACUGAAAUAUUUUAGAGAAACAGCUGACUUGAAAAAUGGCUACAGAGAUUUAUAUUUCAAUGAUGAAAAUGAUUAUUAUGUUUUAGAAGUGACUUGUCAGACUUUCUUGUCAGUACCUUCUGUGAUGGGACUUGUUUUAAGUAAUGUUUAUCUCAAGUUAAGUAGUGGCAUGAGAUAUCAUUGUUUAAAGCUAGUUUUUGAUACUAAUAUAAAAGGCAUUCCUGAAGGUAGCAGAAAGGGCAUUGAAGAUACUGUUAUGAUUUUAGAUCCUGUCUUAAAUGUAAAAAUAUAUCCUUGGUGGCAUCCUAAAUAUCCAUUCCUUAAUAAUUAGCAAAUUUAUUGUAAUCAUUGUAGCAGUCAUUUAACAGUAAACAUGUGUCAAACAGAUUAAACAUAACCUUAGUAAAAACAAUGAAUUUUCAAGUCACAAUUAGGAAAGAAGAUUUUCAGUUAUUACAUUUGUUUUAAAACUUUUAAAGCUCAACUUUGGCUUGGUUAGCUUUUAUUUUAUUUUUGCUUAUUUUAAAAGUCCAAAAGCUUUUAAAGUUUGUGAAAUAAAGCUUUUUAAAUGGUAUGAAAUUUUUUUUUUUUGUAAAUUUAGAAAUGUUUUGACUUUUGCAAUAUUAUGACAGGUCAUUUGUUGUACAUAUGUAUUAAUAAAAAAACAGAUUUUUUUUUAACUUAUUCAAAAUGAUAGGAAAUACUGGACAAAUAACUAUUCAGAUACUUACUUAACCAUGUAUGUUUUAAGGAUUGGAUAUGAAUAAAUGAAUAUUUUUGCUAUUUUAACUCUCCCUAGUACAUAAUUCUACUACCUCAACAUGCUUUCAAAGAGGUACCAGUUUGGUUUCAGACUUAUGAUAAUGCAUGUCAAGUGCCUAUUGUGGCAAAAUUUGAUCAAGAAAUAUUGCACAUAGGUAGAAGUUAGCUCAUAGGUUCUUUUGUUCAAAUCUGAGCUGUAGAGAAUGCAAGAAAAUGUAGAGAUUUGCAACAAAAAGCCCCCUGGACUAUAAUUCUUCUCUGAUUAGGAUGUGUAUAAUUUUUUUCCUGUUCAAGUAUAAAGAUUUCUGAUAAGGGCAUUUAUGACAGCACAUUAAUAUUUUGAAUGCUGUUACAUUAGAAUCAAGACAUUUUAGUUUUUAGCAAAGUAUGAAAUUAAACUCAUUAAUCUUGCUUCCACAGUUUUGAAAUUUUAACUUGAUUGUUUAAAUGUUUUGUUAUUAAAAUUUUGUUAUAACAUG